ACUGUUAAUUUGUCAAAGUACGCGGAGGAUUUUACUCAUUCCGCUUGCAUUAAUUAAAUUAUAUAAAAUUGUAAACCGUUUUAUUUUCAAAGCACAAACUAAGCAAAACACUUAACUCGACAGUUCACCAAAAUAAUCCAAACCGAGCUGUCAUCGCUCUGCAGUAAGAUGUUUCAGAGCAUGGUACAGAUCUGGAUUCAGCCAUACCUGCCCUGUUCUAACCAGAACAGUAAAACCAGCAUGCAACAUCACCACACUCACAGGCAAGUGUACUAAUCGGGACUACAGGAAGAGCCAUGUUGUCUGGCGCUUGGCGACGUUCUGUGGAGCAUCAGCAGCCUGCUUCAGCACCAGUGAUGGCCAAAAGAGAGGUGACAGUCUGUGGGGUCCCCAGCGGUACAGUGGUCCUCGAGGCUCAGUAUGACUACAACUACCGAGGUGCUGAUGGGCGGCAGGUGUGCAUAAGGGAAGGUGAACGCUUUAUUCUGCUGAAAAAAACCAACGCUGAUUGGUGGCAGGUCCGGAGGAUUGGAGCAGCCAGUAAAACAAAGCCAUUAUAUGUACCGGCCACAUAUGUCACUGAGGUACCCAUUGCACCAGUAUCCUCACCACAGCGUCUGGUCAUGUCUGCUUCGCUUGGCUCCAACCCCAGAAUCCUGCCAAGGGUGUCACUCACUCCCAGUCCAACGGCUCCUACCUACAACAAUCAGUACCAAGUCAAUAAAUCCAUCUACCGAUCUAUGGAAAACCUCAAUUCCAACUGUGCCUUCCAGGGUCAAGACCAAAACACCAGCACGGCGAGAGGCCAUUUCCCCACCCUGCCUCUCUCUGGAUUCACCUUUGCCUCCAGCUCUUCCACUCUUCAAUCAGACCACUUCAUGAGUACUGGGUCGUGCACAGCCACCUCAAAAACAGCACCACUGAAUCCUAGAGUGGUACCUACUAUUACUCGAAGCCAGAGUUCCAGCAACCUGCCUGAAAAUGUUAUGGAAAACCCAUAUGAUGAAGUGGGCGGACGGUUCCUCAGUCUCAUCAAGCACAGGAUUCCUAAGAAGUCCUGUAGUCAGUGGGACAUGGUCGAAUCAUCCAGUAACCAUCUACAGGUCCCAACAGAAUCCUAUCUCUCUCAGCUGUCCUGGCAGGAAUCUCCCCUUUACACUGAAAUCCAGCAAGAGAAACGACCAUCACAGUCAGAGCCACCCAGCCCAGUACCGGGACAGCAACCUCUGCAAAUAUUGGACCUGUGGGAACAAUACACAGUCCCAGCCACAGGUCGAUACUAUUAUGUCAACAGCAUCACCAAGGAAAGGUCUUGGAAACCUCCUCGCCGAGCUUGUCGCGCCACCAGCAAGUUGAGUCCAUCACAGACCCAAACAUCACUGAGAGAAACCAGCCAUCUAUCUCUACCACCUAAGAGUACUGGCAAUGGAACUAUGCAAAGGAUACCACCUGAUUUCCUCUUUGGGAGCCAUGGUGGAAAUUCUGACACUGGCUGGCAAAUGACACAGAGCAUGCAACGUGCCGUUUCUUCUGACACCCUGAGUAAGAUGGCAUUCAGCAAUGCAGAUGUUAAAUAUUGUAACUUCACCCCUAUGCAUGAUGUCACAUCUAUGGUCCUGCCUAAGAAUGGCAAGCUGGCCCAGCAGUGGAGGGAUUACACCUGCAAUGCGACUGACACUGUUGUGGAGCCAGCGUCUCCAGCGAGUUCUCCAGACAGCGACUGCUGCACACCGGAGUUGGAGAAAGCCGGACUCUUGAACAAGACAAAGAUUGCAGAGGGAGGCCGAAAACUCAGGAAAAAUUGGAGCCCGUCAUGGGUGGUGCUGGUUGGCAACAGUCUGGUUUUCUUUAAAGAUCCGAAAUCGCAGACACCAUCUAGCUGGAAACCUGGAAACAGUCAUCCAGAGAGCAGCGUGGAUCUACGAGGAGCACAACUGCAAUGGGCCAAUGAACUGUCCAGCAAGAAAAACGUCUUCAAACUGCGGACAGUGACGGGUAAUGAGUUCCUCUUGCAAUCGGAAACCGACUCUCUGAUCAGAGAGUGGUACAACACCAUCCAGAGAGUCAUCGACCGGCUGGACCGUGAAAACCCAUUGGACAAUGUGCUUUUGUACUCGCUGAGGAGGGCGGGCAGCCUGGAGAUGUUAGAUAACAGUGGGGAUGAGGAAGACAGGAAAACAUCACUCCCUCGCUCAACGUCCAACCUGGAGAACACAGAGAGGAAAAGAGUGAAGACACGGCUGAAGCAGCUGAUCCUGAAGAGACCUCCUCUCCAGGCACUGCAGGAGAAAGGACUGAUUAAAGAUCAAGUGUUUGGCUGUCGUCUGGAGAUGCUCUGUGAGAGAGAGAAGAGCACCGUCCCUCGCUUCGUUAGACUUUGUACCGAGGCCGUGGAGAGGAGAGGACUGGAUACUGAUGGCAUCUACCGAGUUUCUGGCAACCUGGCGGUUAUUCAGAAACUGCGCUUCCUGGUCAACCAUGAACGAGCAGUGACUACUGACGGCCGCUACAUGUUCCCAGCGGAGCUGGUACAAGAGGAGAAGCUGAAUUUGGAUGCCAGUGAGUGGGAGGACAUUCAUGUCGUCACUGGAGCUUUGAAACUUUUCUUUCGCGAGCUUCCUGAACCCCUGGUGCCCUACGGCUUCUUCACCGACAUCGUGGAGACAGUCAAGAUGUCUGACUACGAGGACAAAGUGGACCGUUUGAAGUGUCUCUUGCUUAACAUGCCUCCACCAAACCAUGACACACUGCAGUUCAUGUGCCGCCAUCUGAAACGAGUUCUGGAGCAUUCAGACAGCAACCGUAUGAGCACGCAGAACAUCGGCAUCGUGUUCGGACCGACGCUGAUGAGGCCGGAGCGAGACAUCGGCAACAUGGCGGUGAAUAUGAUUUACCAGAACCAAGCAGUGGAGCUCAUCCUCAGUGAGUUUGACCACAUCUUCGGAACCAGAACUCCGUCUUCAACUCUUGGACAGGGGAUCAAAGCUGCACCAGGGCAGACAAAAAGUACAAGAAUUGGAGCUUUUGCGUAUUGAGUCAUAUGGUGUAAAAUGGAUUUUACAUCAAAAGAUAAUUACGGGGUGAAAAGAACCAGGAUAGAAAGCUGCUAAUCAUGACAUCUGGCCUCCAUAUAAAACCAUGUUCAAACAAUAAUAGUAAAAGACUCUAAUUUUAGCUCCUUUGCCUGCAGAUGUAGAGCCCAGCCUCAGUGCUGUGACUUCAGGGACCUACUUUCCCUUCGUGUUUAUGCAUACAAAUCAGUAAAUAUAACGUCUUCUUCAGUCUGUCCAGCUGUGUAUUAUACAGUGUAAGAAAGGAUUUCUCUUAUGCAGCACUGACAAACAGCCCAGUCUCACGUUUUUCCUUUCGUCCUCCCGUUACGAAAUGAUUCAGAUUUUCAUGACGGGGUUCUUUUUUUUAACUUACUUUUACUAACCCUACUCCUACCCCCAACUAACCUUAACCAUAACCUAACUCUACUCCUUCCUCUAACCCUAACCAUAACCACUCGACCCCCCCGCGCUGCAAUUUUAAUUAUGUGCAGGCAUCAUGGAAUGAAGUAGAAUGAAUUUGUGCUCCCAUGACCAAAAUUUUGCACUUUUUGUAACAAUAUGACGAACCAAUAGAUUAAUGUAUAUUUCGUGCUGCUGAAUCACGACAAUCCGUGAGACUGGGUUGUGACAAAUUACACGGGCCAUCUUACUGUGAAACGUGCACCAGCGGCUCCCGCAGCAGGCAAUGGACGCAAUGAUGAGCCGACCCCACCUGUAGCGUUAGGAUGUGUAUACUGUAAAUGAUCUGAAACAGCAGAAAUCAGCCCACAUCUCAUCUGAAGUUGUACUGAUUUGUGGAAAACUCACUCGGCUAGUGUUUUCUGAAGAACUCCUCAAACAGAAACGAACAAUGUGCUGAAAGGAUGCCAGUACAUUCCUUUGUACCAGAUAGUAGUGUUUAAUGUAUGGACCUUUAGCACUUCCCCUUGUUGUACAGCGUUAGAGUUCUAUUUUUAUGAAUGAAAAUUCCUUAAAUUAAGUUAAAAUGACAGCUUGUAAAUAUGUGAAAUAUGCUGUUCGUUAACUAGUAGUAUUUGGGUGCAGGUUACCAGU